AUGAUAUAUAUAAAUUCGAAUGAACUACUAGACUACUAUUUGAAUUCAUUUUCGCAUUCUUCUUCAACGAAACUUCCUGAAGAUCUUAUCAACAAUGAGUUAUUGAUCUCGAGCAAGAUUGAGCAAAUACUAUCUCGGAUCGAAACUAACCUGGGAGGAAUAUCUGAGGAAAGUGAAGAAUUCGAGACGGUCGAUAUCAAUGAUAUUAUAGUUGAUGAGGAUGCCUUUUUAUCACAUGUGGCAAAUACACUCCUGUCCGGUGUUGAUGAAGCUGUAGCUAAACGGUUCACAGAGGAGCAGAAAUUGCACCGAUUGACAUUCCUUAAAGAAAUUAAGGAAAAAGGUUUGUCUUUAAGACAUGCAAUUGAUAGAUCAGAAUCAAGCAAGGAAAGCAAAGAUAGUAGCGGGACAUUUAUGAAUUAUUGA